UUCUCCAGUAUCGAACGAUGACGAUGACACGUUACUCGAAUCCACAAUAAUCGGAGUACGUGGCAAUGAACAAGCGGCGCUUGCUUCAGCUUUGUACGAACGAUGCGCCACAUGUACCGUAUCUGAGAAGUCAGGCAACCCGGCCAUUUGUCCCGUGUUUAUUCACAGAAUGAAGCUCCAAUUCAUACUUUGUGUAGCAGCUGCCGUGCUGAUGGCAGCCUGCGGAGAGGAGGAGGAGAACGAGGGAGCACGAUUGCUAGUGGCCAAACAUGUUCACAAUAAGUACCUUGUUGAGAACAUGGAUGUUAUUGUUAAGUAUACUGUGUACAACACUGGUAGCGCAGCUGCCUUGGAAGUUGAAAUCACUGACAACUCCUUUGACCCCGAUAACUUUGCCCAUGUCAGUGGUGAACUGAGUGCCAGGAUUGACAGAGUACCUCCAAACACCAAUGUCACACACACUGUUGUUGUGAGACCAAGGAAACCUGGAUACUUCAACUUUACUUCUGCUGAAGUUCUGUACAGAAGGAAAGAUGAUGCCCCGAGGCUACAGGUUGCUGCCAGCAGUGAACCUGGUCUGGCAUUCUUCACCUCUUACAAGGAGUAUGACAAGAAAUUUUCUUCCCAUGUGAUUGAUUGGGCUGCAUUCGCUGUCAUGACACUGCCAUCCUUAGCCAUUCCAUUCGCUCUUUGGUUCUCCAGCAAACGUAAAUAUGAAAAGUUAUCAAAGAGCACAAAGAGACACUGAAUGUUUUCAAGACUCAUACUCUUAAUUAGAACAUUAAUAUAAAGAACAUAUUUUUUGCGUGAUUGAGAGAGGUGCGACUGUUUUGUUGUGUACUUCGAAUUUUGUAAUAAACAUUAUUUAUAAAUAUUUAA